AUGUCUACAGACCUCGACUUCCUCGACGAGGUGGUAGCCUUCUUAGCUUCAGAUAGCCUUCCCGCCACUACAGCGAAUGGAGUUGAACUCGUAAAGGAGCAGAACUCAACGAGGAAGUCGCACUCAGUUCCGUUUAUAGACAUCGAGUCAUGCGUUGAUGUUGACCAGGAUAACAAGCGCGAUAGCAAUCCGUACAAAAUGAAAUCAAAGCGAACAACGCAGGGUAACGACUAUCGUCCAAAGAGAUACCGCGAUCGUGUGAAGAAUGAGCGUCAAGAGCUAAAACGAGUGGAGAAGGAGCUGAGUUUGAAGAAGCAGGAACUCAUCGACGCCAGAGAAGGCAGGAAGACCACAAAACCCACUGAUUUGGCACUAUCGACACCAUUCUGGCAGGAGAUGGCAACUCGACAGCGAGAAGAACGAGAACAAGCAGAAAUGGAGCAGAAGCGUCUUGUUGCAGCGGUACAGUCACAAGCGUCCUACAUCGAGAACUUCUGUGCAAUACUACAUGAAAGGCCUAGUAUCUCUCGUGCUGGUAGAGACGCAAAGCAAGUCGACGAUGACAAAUAG